GCCUCCACUAUGUUACCCCUUUCUCCUACCACUUUUCCAACCUUUGACUGGCAACUUGAUCAAGAGCAUAUGAUCCAUGAAAUACCUCUACAAGAUCUAUUUGCUAGCUACAACCUUAAUGAAGGAGAUAUAUCCCACAACUCAAGCAUUUCCUCACCUCACCUCCCAGAUUUCGAGUAUGAAGACAUCGAAGACUCGAUUAUCAAAACCAGCAAACUCUCAAACUCAAUGAAGAAAUCAACCCACAAUGAAUAUGAGAGAGAUAGACGGAAGAAGUUAAACAAGCUGUACUCAUCCCUAAGAGAACUUCUCCCAGAGAAGGAUCAAAGAAAGAAAUUGAGUAUUCCAUGUACAAUUGCCCAUGUGCUGGAAUACAUACCUAAACUCCAAAAGCACAUAAAAAGGUUGCAACGAAAGAAAGAAGAGCUUCUAUCCCGGGUGCCUAGUAAUGAUUAUUCUUCCAUUUGUAACAAAGAAAGAAUGAUCAACCCGGUGAUUUCAGCAGUAUUUCUGAGUAAAAAAGAGAUCAUGAUCCAAAUAUGUAUCUUGAACAAACAAAGUGCUGCUACUCCGUUUUCGAAGGUUGUGAAUAUUUUGGAGAGAGAAGGAUUUCGGCUGUUGAAUGCCACAACUCUCACCACUCAUGAUGAUAAAACCAUCUAUUCUCUUCAUUUACAGGCAAAGGAAGCUAUGAGGAUGGAGAACCAAAACUUCUUUGAGCAACUGGUGAAUUUUCUUAAUGAAUAAACAGUCUAUAGUAAGACUGAAAAGUGAAGCAGAGGUUUCAUGAACAAAACCAUGGGAUAUGUACCCACCUUAGAUAUUUUUAUAUAUUAACUCAACGAGAGCUAAGGUCAUAAAUAUUAAUGACUAGCCCUUUUUUCACUCCUUUUUCACCAUGUAAUAAAUAGUAGAAACUCAUUGGAUAGAGGUGCUCAUGUACAUAAACAUUUGGAUAAGUUUUGGG